AUGAUACUCAUGGGCAACAAAUCCGCAAAGUAUCUUCCCUUGACCUCACCACUGCUUCCAUCUGAUGAUUCAGAAGCAUGCAAGCAAGGCAGCUACAGAGAUGAUCGCUCCAAGCAUAAUACCUGGCACAUACUUGCAAUGCGUGAAAAGAUGCUGAUUAUCAUCAUCAUUCUGCAAACAAUUGCUCUCAUUGUCGCCAUCAUAUUCAACAAAGAUUGUGGUAGCAGCACUAUACCAUGUCGGUGCCCGUCCACUGAUGGGAUGCUCUUGUACUACUUCACAAAAUUUGAAGUGCCCGUGCAAUCAGAAGCUGAAUACAAAAUCAAGUUGUUCACGCCUGGAAGAGAACACAAAACUAUCUAUCAGGGGGCUUCGAAGGAAGUUGAUCGUGCUUGGGGAGAGCUUUACAAUUAUACUCUCUUGAAAAUCCUGAAAAGUGAGGCUGCACUUCUUCCCAAUAAGAUGUAUCCCAUCAAACACGAGCCCGGCUACUACCUCCCUGGACUUGAUGUUUUUCACCAGCUUCACUGCCUGUGGUGUUGCACAAUCCUUGAAAUUGUAUUUAUUGCUCCAAAAAUGCGAAAUCAGCUUGUUUUCCCUGCCAAAUUUGGCACUCUGGAGAGAUUGGACUAUAACUUUCCAACCACAACACGUAUGAACAUGAAUUUUUAUUUGUGGCCCCUAUGUCGAGAUCACCCCUAA